AUGCCCUCGUGCGAGGAGCUUGAUAGGCAAAGCGUCUUCAGCGACUCUUCCAGCUCGACAAUCUCCCGGCCAACCAGAGCAUUCUUCUUGGGAUGCCGAGAGAGCCAGAUCAUUGACAUUCGCGCUCUGGAGGAGGGUCAAGCGCCUUUGACCAACACACCUGUCGACUCUCUCGGCAUCCGCAGCCCACCCAACAUGGUCGUGGAGCCACCAUCCGCUCCUGGAUCGGCUCCUCUUCCACGAGCUCUCCCCAGUGACGGCGAUGAGGACCUUCUGCCGCUGCCACCAAAAAGGGGAUCCCGCGCUUACCGCUAUGCUCGAUGGAAUUUCGGCUCGGUCUACAGGCGCAUCUUCACACUGGCGUUCCUCGGUAACCUUUUGGUCUUGAUCAUCCUUGUCGGCCGCGGCGCGGCUGGAGGCCCGCGUCUCACAUACAAGGACGCCUCGGUUGCGGUGUCGGCCAACCUUUUCGUGGCGCUCCUGAUCCGCAACGAGCACGUGGUAAACAUCAUGUUCAUCGUCUUCGGAACCUGGCCCAAGAACCUGCCCCUGCGUUUCCGGCGCCUGUUCGCCAAGGUGUACUCGUACGGCGGCAUCCACAGCGGCUGCGGCGUUGCCGCGACGGUGUGGUACAUUGCCUUUGUCGCCCUCAUCACCAUCGACUACCAGCAGAGGAACCGGGACCAGAUGCUCUCCGCUCUGAGGGGCUACGUGUACCUGGUCACUUACAGCAUCUUUGUCUUGCUCGCCCUCAUCCUCGUCUUCGCCUACCCGAAACUGCGCGUGGCCAUGCACAACUGGUUCGAGGGCGUCCACCGGUUCAUGGGAUGGUUCGUCGUGCUGCUGUUCUGGGCGCAGACGCUGCUCGUCACCCUCGACGACGCGCCCGCCGCGGGCCUGUCGGGCGGGCAGGCCCUGGCCGCGAGCCCGUCCUUCUGGCUCCUCGUCCUCAUCACGCUGCUCGUCGUCUACCCCUGGACCCGCCUCCGCCGCCGCGACGUGCAGGUCGAGGCGCUGUCCGAGCACUGCGUCAAGCUCAACUUCGACUUCACCGACGGCCACUACGGCCAGGCGAUCCGGCUCUCCGACGCGCCGCUGCGCGAGACGCACGCCUUCGCCGUCAUCCCGAACCCCAAGGCCGUGUCGUUCCUGCAGACCGACUCUUCCGUCGCCCUGCUCGCGCCCGGCUCCCCGGCGCCGUCGGGCUACUCGUCGGCCGACGAGGGCGACGGCGGCGGCGGUGGUGCGGCCGACCUGGCCUCCAUCAAGGCGGUGGCCCAAGCCAAGGCGGCGGCGCGCAAGCACCACCAGCAGCAGCUCGCGGCGCUCUCGGGGCCGGGGCUCUCCAACGCGGGCCGGACGGGCUUCUCGGUCGUCAUCUCGGACGCGGGCGACUGGACGCGCAAGGUGAUCGCGUCGCCGCCGCGGCGCAUCUGGACGCGCGGGGUGCCGCAGUACGGCGUCAUGCGCGUGGCGGGCAUGUUCGAGCCCGUCAUCAUCAUGGCCACGGGGUCCGGCAUCGCGCCCUGUCUGGCCCUGUUCGCCGAGAUGCCCGACCACCCCGUCCGCGUCAUCUGGUCGGCGCCCUCGCCUCUCGAGACCUUCGGCAAGGGCGUCGUCGACACUGUGCUGCGCGCCGACCCGGACGCCGUCAUCCACGACACGCGCAGGCAGGGCCGCCCGGACCUCGUCGCCAUAGCCUACCGCAUGUACGAGGCCAGCGGGAGGGCCGACGCCGCCGGGCUGGGGCUGGGCGACGGGAGGAGGAGGAGGGACGGGCGGCCGCUGGGGAAGUGUGAGGCUGUCGUCAUCAUCUCGAACCAGCGCGUCACGCGCAAGGUUGUCUAUGGGCUUGAGACGCGGGGCGUUCCUGCCUACGGUGCUAUUUUUGACUCUUGA